UUUUAUACUGUUAUAGUGAAGCCUGUACAAGCUUAAAGAACAACUCCUUGUCUUCCAUCUUGUCAUGUCGCUUCCUUCAAGAUUCAAUAUUGAAUUUUCUGACGAAAGCAAAGGCUAGUUGUAUUUGGAACAUAUUCUGCCUGGAAGAUGAUGAUCAGUGGUGUUCUGCAGGGAUAUGUUCUGGGAUCCGUACUCUUGUGUGUUUGGUGAAUGGGGACAGAAGGCACUUACUACAGGACUAUAUGACUGUCUGUAAGCAAAACAGUGCCCUAAUGGGCAGUCCUUUCAACAAUGAAAUUGGUUACCUGAGCAAUCCUUCCAUAGUGGAUACCAUGGAAAGUAAAUGGAAAAGAAGACAAUAUGCAAAAACUGCAGCUGCUAUAAAACCAGAAGGUAUCUGUAAGCAGCUAUUGACUUCUAGUAGAUUCUUGAAGAAAGCAGCCAAAUCAACAGCAUCACAGAGUCUGAAAGUAAGCAACUGUGCAUUGAAGAAGGCUGAUGAAGCAGACUCAAGAAGCCUUAAUGCUGCAUCAGGAAGGUUCAGAUCCUCUAAUGCUGUGCUGGCCAGAUUGGCCCAAGUGGAACAUGAAAUAACGAACAGAAAGCUGAAUAAACAUCAGAUCAAUGCUGAUGAUAAUGUACAGGUGUCUGAUGAUGAGCAACUUUCUCCCAAAUCAAGUACUGAGCUAAGUGGACGAGGGAGCAGGUUUCUGAGGAGAGUGAUAGAUACUGCAGUGAAACAAGAGUUUAAUGCAAAGGUUCAGAAUAAAGCAGAAUCUUCAAUAAAAGAUCUUCAAGCACAACUUAACACUCCAGUCAAAGUGGGCACAAUUGAUAGUGAUGAAGAAGAAAUGAAAAAGAUGUUGGAAGGCUCCCUAGAACUCUCUGAAAGUGAACAUACUAAAAGAUCACAAAGAACCCCACCACAUGGUUCCAAAUUGCACAAACAGUCUGUCCUGAGAAACUAUCCAAGGAGCCAUCUAAGAUUGCCUUCUCCACCCAGUGUUGGCUCCCCACAGCUGAGUCUGUCUCCAAGAAUGAAAUUUGUAAAACGUAUCCCAAUGUCUUCAACUGAACAAAGUGAGAUUAAAUCUCUGGAUGAGCUCUUUACCGAGCCUUCUGCUGCUGAGGAUGUCAGAAGCCUUGACAGUGAGACCUCUGAUGAAUUCAAACUAAAUAUUUUGACUCUGGAGGAUUUGAUUCCAGCUGUAGAACAGAAAAGUACAAAAAUAUCACCAACUUUGAAGAAUGAAGAGGGACAGCACUUGGAUGUUCCAAGCACGCAGUCAACUUUUCACAAUUUAAGGUCAAAUGUGGCAAAUGAGCUUGUCAGUUCAUGUCUCCAGUCCACUAAACUUUCAAGAGAGAAAGAUACAAAUUACUUGGAAAAUGAGAUUUGGACAAAAUCUGAUGCAACUGGAAGUGAAAUCUCUGAAUACUUAAAUGGAGAUUCAAGGAAGGAUAGAAAAUCUUCAGAGAAGUUGUCUGAACAAUUAGAAGAGGAUGAUCUGAGCACUAUGUGUUCUGAAUAUUCAGAAGACUUUGAAACUUCUAAUUGUGAAGUGUCUUCAGUAAAAUUGGACCAGGGUGAAUCACAUUUUGAACAGUCAUCUGAAGAGGAGUCAAAGGCUGAUUAUUCUGAUAACACCUCCUACUCAACCUCCUCAUCCCCAGUUCCAGACCAUUCCAAGUUGGCAACCUGCACAGAAUCUCCCUGUUCGGAUAGAGAAAUGCAGAAGUCACUAUCUAAAGUGACUGUGAAAGAUACAGCAAUACAGACACAGCUAUCCAGUUUUCAUUACACCUGGCACAAAGAAGGUGGAGUGGCAGUACUUGGAGCUGCAAAUGUGGAUCCUACACCUAUUGCCAGUCACAUUAUCAGCCCUGAGGCAAUGGAAGCAUUGACUUCAUACAGCCCUGCCAGCUUAGCUCUAAAUGACAUGCUGAAACAGCAGCUCACUCUGACUCGCAAGUUUGUGCAAGUCAAUCGACUUCUCUACUUAUCCAUUGUUGCCUCAAUAGAAGAGGAUAAGUAUCAUUACACAACUUUGGAAGAAACUAAAGAGUUUGUCAGUAAUCAGAGAUCACCAUCACUCACCUUGGAGCAAGCCCUGAAAGAAGUGCAAGACGAAAUGGGGCAAUAUCAUAACAUGUGACGGCCUGAUUUGGAAGCAAAUACAGCUCCAGUAAUGAUGGAGAGA